UCCAGGGAGUGAACAGCUUGGUUAUGGUGACAAUUGGUAUUUGUGAUGGGAUUUGUGACGUUGAUUAGAACCAGUAACUUGCGAGAUGUCCCCCGGUCCACACCUCGUUUAUUGUCUAUUUGGAGGAAGGGACGAAGAGAGGCGGAGGAACUGUUGAACAUCUAUCAAGUGCUGAAUACUUGCAGAAUUUUGGAAUGAAGGAAAAUGAAGAGGAAGAGAGCAACAAAGAGAACACAGAAACUGAAUAUUCCACUUUUAGGGUAUCAGAGUUAUUACUUGCCAUUGAACGGUUAACUACAGGACAAACAAAGCCUUAUAGUGAACAGAAACAUGUGGGAAAAGUAACAAAAGCAGAAAAGGUCUUGCUACUCUCUACAGAGAAACAAACUACCCAUCAGAGUCAACAUAUCAAAGAUGAAAAAUCAUUGGGAAAAACAACUAUUGGAUCUGGCUCACCCAACAGAACUAUAUUUUUAAAGUGCCCUCAACGAAGUACUUUUGAAUGCAACAUGAAUGCAUAUAAAAUGAAUAAAAAUCCUCAGGCUACACAAAAAUCAAAGCUGAAAUGUAAUUGGCUCACAAAACUUGAUAACCAAUUUGAUCGGGCGAUUAAGCAACCAAAGAAAAAAUCUGUUGUCAAUGCAUUUGAUGAAUACACACCGCAUUCUCUCUCAAUACCGUUUUCACAAAAAAAGACGAGGAAAAGAAAGAUAUCACUUGACAAAGCAUAUCCAGUUCGAAGCUCGGUUUUGAAAAGCAAAUUAUCUCCAUUUCGUCUACACAUUCAACAGUCAACACUAGCAGGAGCUCCACGCCAUGAUCCCUUUACUGACUUAAAAGAUUUACAGUUGAACCUAUACAAAAGAUCUCUGAACAAAAGAGCUCCUGAAAUGAUAACAGAAAAACCUAAGUGUGUAUCACAACCCAUCCCAAUAGGGAGACUGGAUAAAGGAGCACUUCCUAUUCCUUUGAUUUGUAAAGGUAAUAAGUAUAUCGAAAUGUUCUAG